AUGGGCAAUACAUGCCGUGGUUCUUUCGAGAGCAGGUACUUCCAAGAAUAUGGAGAGGCUACAGAUCGUUUGGGAAGUAAACACAGCUCCUGGUCUCUCGAUCAUUCGGUUUCUUCUUCUUCCGGCGACGAAGACCAAAAGGUCGCUCGCGGCGGGGCGGCGAUGGCUAUGGCUCGGGCCUUGGAUUCGCAGGCGAUAUCGGUGCUCGGUCAUAAGACCGCGAACAUCCACGAUUUGUAUUUUCUAGGUAGGAAAUUGGGUCAAGGGCAGUUCGGUACAACGUAUCUAUGUACGGAGGUCGCGACAGGGUUUGAAUACGCUUGCAAGUCGAUCUCGAAGAGGAAGCUGAUUACGAAGGAGGAUGUCGACGAUGUGCGUCGUGAGAUCCAGAUAAUGCACCAUUUAUCUGGGCAUAAGAAUGUGGUGCAGAUCAAGGGCGCAUAUGAGGACCCCCUGUAUGUGCAUAUUGUUAUGGAUCUGUGUGCAGGAGGGGAACUUUUUGAUCGGAUUAUACAGAGGGGGCAUUAUAGCGAGAGGAAGGCGGCGGAGUUGAUUAAGAUAGUUGUGGGUGUUGUUCAAGCUUGUCAUUCCCUUGGGGUGAUGCAUAGGGAUCUUAAGCCGGAGAACUUUUUGCUUGCGAGUAAGGAUGAUGAUUUGUCUCUGAAGGCCAUUGAUUUUGGGCUUUCGGUGUUCUUCAAGCCAGGCCAGGUCUUCACUGAUGUGGUUGGGAGCCCAUACUAUGUAGCUCCUGAGGUGCUUUGCAAACGCUAUGGACCUGAGGCUGAUGUUUGGACGGCUGGUGUGAUACUCUAUAUAUUAUUGAGUGGUGUACCACCUUUUUGGGCUGAAACACAACAAGGGAUAUUUGAUGCUGUUUUGAAGGGUCACAUUGAUUUUGACGCGGAACCAUGGCCCUCAAUAUCUGAUAGUGCUAAGGACCUAAUCAGAAAAAUGCUCUGCCCUCGUCCUCAAGAUCGCUUGACAGCACAUGAAGUACUAUUUCAUCCUUGGAUUUGCGAUAAUGGAGUUGCUCCGGACCAGGCUCUGGAUCCUGCAGUCCUUUCUAGGCUCAAACAGUUCUCCGCAAUGAACAAAUUGAAGAAGUUGGCACUGCGAGUUAUAGCUGAGAGCCUCUCUGAAGAGGAGAUUGCAGGCCUAAGAGAAAUGUUCCUGGCAAUGGAUGUAGAUAGUAGUGGGGCCAUUACUUUUGAUGAGCUGAAGGCUGGUCUGAGAAGAUAUGGCUCCACAUUAAAUGACACAGAGAUCCGUGAUCUAAUGGAUGCGGCUGACGUUGACAACAGUGGCACUAUUGAUUACGGGGAGUUUAUUGCUGCAACUAUUCAUCUCAAUAAGCUGGAGCGCGAGGAACAUUUGGUGGCGGCAUUUUCAUACUUCGAUAAGGAUGGAAGUGGGUACCUCACAUUUGAUGAGCUUCAACAAGCUUGUAAAGAGCACAACAUGACCGAUGUGCUAAUUGAGGAUAUUAUUAAGGAAGUUGACCAGGAUAACGAUGGCCGGAUCGACUAUGGUGAAUUUGUUGCAAUGAUGCGGAAGGGAAAUGUUGGAAACAUUGGGAUUGGGAGGAGGACAAUGCGGAAUAGCCUGAGAAUGAGCUCAAGAGAGCGACCAAUAUCCCACCUCGAACAAGGCAAGUAUUUUGUAUAGUUCUUCUCUUCUUGUUAUUGUAUCUGGUUUGAAAAAAUGCGAGAAGAAACAACUGAGCUCUUCAACUGAUACGUACGCCAUGAUCAGUACAGAAAUGGAGAGGAGAUUUGAUCCACAAUCAAUACAAGUCAUUUUGCAAAAUUAAACUAACUGUUAUGUAGAAUUAGCACAAACGCCACGUUUUACUGAUAGAAAAACUGUGUCGCCUGAUGCGGUACUCUGUAAUUAUUCACAGAAAAUGAAAGAUGAACAAGGUAUGUUGUUGAUGAAACUUUAAGUAUAUUAUUUAUUUGAUAAGAAGGGAAACUUGA